GAGGCCGAGCUUGCGGCUGCACUUCCUGAUGCGCUCGACAGGCAAGCAGGAAGAGUUGCGUGGCACUACGAACGACACGUGGAUUGAGAAAUCUGCCCACUUUAAAAUGGCCAAAAGUGAACUGCUUUGUGACGCGCGCCACUCUUUACUUCCUUCAGUUGCAGGGAGCGGCUGUGGGAAGGGUGCGAGUCGCUUUAUCUGCUAAACAUGCCAAUUGAAAAGAGCAUUUACGGCGACUAGAAAGCACUGCUAAACUGCAGGAGUUACGACAGAAUAAAAUCCAAGAAAAAAAAAUAAAAGACUCGAGGAACUCGUUUGGGUCGUUGAAUGGCCAUUCUGCAGAAACACAUUAAGCACUCCAAUUUGGAAUUAGUGGAGGACGCUUCGCUACUGGUCUUGAGUGAAGUGGGACCGCAAAACAAGACGGGCGAAACUGGUGAUCCAUUUUGGUCCAGGCCAGUUGCUCGGAUCUGGACAUUGGUGCUUCUGAUAGGGACAUGUCUUCUUUACUGUGCUCGAGUGGCUAUGCCAAUAUGUGCAGUUGCUAUGGCGGAUCAGUUCAAGUGGAGCAAAAAGGAGUCUGGCAUUGCUCUCGGCAGCUUCUUCUGGGGGUAUUGCUUGACACAGGUCCUUGGAGGAUAUAUCAGUGAUAGGGUAGGUGGAGAGAAAGUGCUGCUGCUGUCUGCCACUGCCUGGGGCUGUUUGACGGCUUUCACCCCAAUGAUUGCUCACAUCAGCUCUGUACCUCUACUCUCAUUGACACUGUCUAGAUUUUUAACGGGAUUGCUGCAAGGUGUACAUUUUCCAUCUUUAGCAAGCCUUUUCUCUCAGAAGGUGAGGGAAAAUGAGAGAGCCUUCAUAUCUAGCACUGUUGGGACAGGCUCUCAGUUUGGAACCCUUGUGAUCGGAGGUGCUGGGUCAUUGCUACUUGAAUGGUAUGGCUGGGAGAGUGUGUUCUAUUUCUCUGGAUUUCUGUCUGUUGUGUGGGCUUUCUUCUUGUGGAAGCACUUGUUACAAGGCCAAGGUCCCAUUAUUUCCCUGGAGACUCUUGGCAGUAGCUCAGUACAAAGUAAAAAUACCAAAGUUCCCUGGAAUAAGCUGUUUAAGAAAGCUCCAGUGUGGGCAGUGAUAAUUGCUCACCUCUGCACGGGAAGUACUUUUUUUGUACUGUUGUCUUGGUUACCAACUUUCUUCAAAGACUGCUUUCCUGACUCAAAGGGCUGGGUGUUCAAUGUUGUCCCUUGGCUUGUUGCAAUUCCAUCGUCCCUCUUCGGUGGCUACUUGUCGGAUCACCUUAUUAGUCUGGGGUUUGACAUCGCUGCUGUGAGAAAGCUAAUGCAGUUUUUUGCCAUGGGGGUGUCUAGCUUUUUUACACUCCUAUUGUGUCGGACAACAACAUUUUCCAUGGCCAUCACUUUAGUAGCUGCAACUAUGGGGCUGCAGACCUUUAGUCACAGUGGUGUUUCUGUCAACGUACAGGAUUUGGCACCUUCCUGCGCUGGAUACUUGUAUGGUGUAAUGAAUACAGGUGGAGCAUUGUCAGGUGUUGUUUUAGUCUAUUUUUCAGGAUACCUCAUAGACACAACAGGGUCAUGGGCAUCAGUAUUCACCCUGGUGUCCGUGCUGAAUUUACUUGGACUCUUUACAUUUCUGGUGUUUGCAGAAGCCCGGAGAGUGGACAUUGAAGUCAGUAAAAUAAAGUGCCAGAACAUUCAUUUAUGAUCGAACUGUCUAUGGAAAUUCUCUGGGGUAAAGGGCUGGGCUGGGCUGGGCUGUAGUCAGGAAAUAUCUUACUGACUGCAACAUGGGAAGAAGACACAACGUAUAUAUUCUGUGGAAAAUCAAUGGCAAAAGAAAUUCAAAUGACAUUUUAGCAGUUCCUGGCAGCUAGCUGGCUUUGAGCCUGCAACCUGAUUGAGAGGUGUGAUUUGAUCUGUCAUUCUUAUUCCAGUUAAAGAAAAUUUGCAGAAGCCAUACGUGAAUGAGUAAGCUAACAUGAAGCCAUUUGACAAAGAUGGACUUCAUACUUUCAUACAGUGCCUUGACUUGUGAUGGCAAUGCUGUUUUCUGUUUCUCAUGGGCCAUAGCUGUUUUUUAGGAGGGGGUGGGAUAGGGGGUGAAGAUUUAGAAGGCUGGGGCAUUGCUAUAAAGGUGUUAUAUUUUGAAAUUAACAGCCGAAUACUCUCAUUGAAGGUUAUUGUAUCUAGGUUUCUAAUUGGAUCAUGGACAAAGGCAUUUUUAGACUGUUGUUUAUGAGGUGGAGAAAUACAAUGCCAGAAUCUAUAGCUGAUGUAUGGGACUUGAAAAGGAGAUUAAUAAGUCCCCAACAUGGAAGACCAGAGAAGAAUGAGAAAAUACUGGGACUCAAAGAUAAGGUGGUGCAGACCACUCGUUUGAAUAAGUUUCUUGAAGGUGAUCAACAGUACUGGACAUCUCUUUUUUUUUAAGCAAGGAGAAAAAAUGCCGAGCACCAGUUGUAUAUUUUUGUAUUAGCCUUUUCUAUUUGAGCGAGUCUGUUUGAAAUUUAAAAGGCUCACGUGGUUGAGACGAGUUGAUCUGCUUCACCCCAGAAGAGGCCAUGUUCUUCAAUGACGUCUUCAGAUGCUCAUUGGUACAGGAUCUGACAAUAUUAUGUUACAUCUGAGGCUCAAAGGGUUUCCCCAGAGCUAAAGAGAAGGUAGAUGGAUUCAGAAAACUGUUUAGUCUUUUACCAAAAAGAGUACAACUUCUGGCAGUAAUAUGUGAUCCGAUUGUGGAGCUUUAAUUUAACAGAGAAGUCAUGUUUUUGCACUUUUUCUACGUUUGUGUAAGAACUAUCCAUCCCUGUUUAAUGUUUACAUUUUUUAAAAUUCUUUUUAUUUAUAAAGUACUUAAAAAUUGAAUUGUUUAAUAUUUUCAUAUUUAGUGUCCAGCUGGUAAUUUAUUUAUCUAAUGACUAAGAUUUACAUAUGCUGCAGUA